AUGCGAGGUGUUGGCAUAGGAACUAGCCAAAUUAUGGAUUACAUGGUGCAACAAUCAGGUGGAUAUAACAAUGUUGGCUUCACAAAAAAAGAUCUAUAUAACCAUGUUGAUGCUGAUCGUAGAGUUCAUCUAAGAGAUGGUGAUGCAGAGGGUGCUUUAGCUUAUUUGUGUGGAAAGUUUGAAAUGGAUUCAUCAUUUUAUUACAAGUACAAUGUUGAUGAAGACAACCAUCUAGCAAACCUGUUUUGGGCAGAUUCUACUAGUAAAUUGGAUUACAGUUGUUUUGGAGAUGUGUUAGCAUUUGAUACAACUUAUCGGACUAAUGCUUAUAAAAAACCGUUGGUCAUAUUAGUUGGCAUUAACCAUCACCAUCAAACUAUAGUGUUUGGAUCUGCAUUAUUGGUAGAUGAGAGUCUUAGCACUUAUACUUGGGUCUUGGAGACUUUUUUGGACGCAAUGAAUAACAAGAAGCCUCUUUUUGUUAUUACUGAUGGGGAUAAAGCAAUGCGUAAAGCCAUCAAGAGGAUAUUUCCAGACUCUUGUCAUCGAUUAUGUGCUUGGCAUAUUCAACGCAAUGCAUUCACUAAUGUCCAUGUCAAAGAUUUUACUAAUCAUUUUUCUAAGUGCAUGUUCAUGGAAGGCACCGUUGAAGAAUUUGAAUGUGCAUGGAAUGACAUGUUGGAAAUGUUUAAUCUUCAUGGACAUAAGUGGGUGACAGAUAUAUAUGCUAAGCGUUCUAGAUGGGCAGAGGCUUAG